AUGGACCACAAUAUCUUUUACCCACUGGCCCUCCAAUGUAACGCAGAAUCAGAUCUCCUCCACGGCGAAUUGAUCAACCACCUAUACUCUUGGUUUUCAUCUUUUCUGGCACACACACACCCGUAUACAGAAGGGACGUCCUCUUUUGCAGAGCUCGAGGCUCCUUUCCAUCAUCCGAUCUCCCGAAAACCCACCUCCCAACCCAUCCCCCCGCCCACUGCCUCCAAUCUGGUGGAUCACCCAGAAGCCCAUCCAUUCGAGAAGAUUUCAAAUGUUACUGGAUUUGAUCUGCAACGGUCGACCAUAGUCCUCGGCCUUUACAGAGACGAGUGCAUACUUGAGGAUGAUGACAUUGCAACCCAUCUUUACCAAACGGCAGCGUCCCGAUUGGACUCUAUCAACUGGCUGUUCCAAGCGAGACCGGAAUACGCAAGUGCGGUUCGAAAAGUCCACAUUCGCGAUCCUCAUCCCCCGGAGCAUGAUUCCAUGUGUUUCGCAACGCAAAGGGCGUUGCCCGAACUCUUGAUGAGACUUGGCAACCUCACAACGCUUCGUUUGGAGGACGUCAACUGGGACACCUUCAGCAGAUGCAAGACGGGGAUUUCUCAAGUCCUUUUCACAGUCGUUAGGUCCAACUCCCUUACCACUCUCUGUCUCCAACAUGCCGAGAUUCCCGUCACUCUGUUCGACUAUUGCCGUCAACUGAAACACCUCGAACUUGACUCUGUUGACGUCUUCCUCCCUCCUGAUAUGUCUCCCCCCCUCCAAAAUCCAUACAUGACUCGAGACGUAACUACUCUCGACUCCCUCAUUUUCGUCAACUCCACCGAAGCGGUUGAUACCAUCAUCGAUCAUUGUGGCCGCUCUCUCGACUUAGAGUGUUUAACCACCCUGGGCGUAGAUUUCGGUUGCGAAGCGGGGCUAGAACUGGGUUGGCUGCUCAUGAACCGCAACGCCAGUUCAAUUCAACAUAUCAUUCUCAGAAGGGAACCUACAGAUCUCAAUGACCAGAACAAAAUCAUCCACCAUAUUCCCACCGCUUUCACUCUGGAAAUUCUCCCACAUUUACAGACACUCGAGAUCGGCGAUACAUACGACGCUGAGACGUCCCAAGUUCUUCUCAGGAUCUACGAUUUGUUGUCUCGCGUACCCGAUCACAACUACAUCCAGACAGUGCGCCUCGCCUUGAUGGAAUUACCAUUCGGCAACGUCCAAGAAUUUUUCAGUUGUUCGGAGCUUCCCUUGAAUAUGCUGGACACGCUGCUUGCAGGAUCAAAGUACCCCUUCUUGCAAGACCUGGCUUUUUACGCAGCGCUAAACGACCAAGUUGAUAUGUCGAGUAAGGAUUAUGUGGCGAUCGAGGAACGCCUGGCGCGAUGUCUGACCGAGGUUUGGAUUUCUGGGAGGAGGCCGGUAAUUUCGUUUGGCACACACGAACAGGGCUAUCCCGAUUGGCGCUGGUAG